UUAACAUUAACCUUUACAAAAUCGUAGCAAUAAUACAAGGUGAAGCUCUCUCUCUGAAUAACAACGCCAACUUCCAGAAAUGCUACGCGAUGAUUAAAAUUGAAAUUCUUCCAGAUCUUUCAAUAUUUCCUGGCCUAAGGAAUAGCCAUGCUUGAACCAAUUGAGCUCACUCUCCACAACGACUUACGUCUCGACCCUAAGCCUCACAACGGCCUUCUCACUUAUAACCCGACUAUCGAACUCUUUGCCGGUGCCGCUGGAUCGAGAACCCUCCAGAUAUGGCGCUCAAAUGGUCAAGCUGUUACUAAAAGUACUCAACGUGGCGAGCGGGACACUGUCGAGGCUCUCCGCUGGAAAGCCAAUGGCCAAUUUCUAGCGGUUGGAUGGAGCGAUGGGGUAGUAAGGCUCAUGGGUUUAGAGACCAACAAGGCGGUCCACCAGAUGUCAGUAUGCGAGACGGGCAAGUCUCGAAUCACCUGCAUCGGCUGGGCUCGCAACAACGCAGGGAAGCGCCAGAAUUCAGCACCUGCAUCUUCUACCAUACCCUGGGAGGAUAUCAUACCUCGCGAUCUCUUUCCAAGCGGUAGGAAGGCCGCCGUAGACCUCCCUCGGGAGCUCACCUUUCUCGAGGUCGAGAGCGCCCUACCAAAGCUCAGUCCUUUACCCGCAUCUGGGGGGUCAGGGGACGACUCGUUCGUAUUUACCACGAGGGCGUCGUUGGAGUUCCUAUUCCAACCAUUCUCUCCUCACGACAGCGAUAACGUCGAUGUCAUGAUUGUAGGCACCGACGAUGGGCAAAUCCACGUCAGCAUAUAUAACUCUUUUGUCAUCGGUACAUUUAGGUAUGCUCCGCCACUAUCUCACGGGAAGAAUAUCGACCUACAGCUAUGUCACCAUGCCUCUCAUCCUGACUCUUCGACACACAUGCUCGUGUUCAAACCGUCCGGAGAGACUAAGACGACAACUACCUAUCUCGUGCCUAUAGACCUGACUUUCAUACACUCGUCACCCGAGAAUUUAUCUUUGUUAGCAUCAAAAACGACUACACUACAAAAACUAUUGAGAUAUGUAAAACAAGUGCAGAUACACAUGAUACACGAGUGGCAGUCGACUCGGGAGCUCCCAACUCGGUUUUUGAACAGCAUAAGCGAGACGUUGCGUGAAUCAGGUAACUACGGCGAGAUGGGUAUCGGACAGGCAUUGUACCAUUCUGUGGUGACUGGACAUACGUUCCCAGAAGUCAAGGAAUGGUUAGUCGACCAACUAGCUGAACGGGGUCAUAAACGAUGGGACAAAGCCGUUUCAUCAGGCCUCCACGCCCUUCGUAAUCUUGUACAUGAAAACUUCCUUCCGGCACUGGAGCGUGUGGGUAUAAUUCUGAGCCGUUUGCUCGGGAUCGCGCGCUUUCACGAGUCGAAGGAAGAGCCUGGAUUUACCAGCGCGCAAAUUACCAAAAUUAUGGAUAUCGUGUCCUGCUUGAUGCUGGUAGGAAAUAAGAUUCUGUUAAUCGUCAUGGAAGAGCUAGACCUAUUCCAGUCGUUUUCGAUCUGGCUUCGACACGAGAUCGAUAGGCUCGCGGCUCCGUCGGCGGUAGAGGAGCUCUCGGAGAAAGAGGCAACAAUGGAACACGGAAAAGUACUCGCAUAUAUCCAACAGUAUAUGGCUGCGAGUCCCUUGCGAAACCACUUGAGCAAUGUCCCAGUAGAAAGCGCAAAGAGAAGUCGCCAGAAGGCUGAAAGCGGGAGCUCCCUAUUGGAACUCCUUAGUAAACAGCUCAACAGACAGGAAACCAAGCAGCAGCCUGACGAAGAUGCGUUCGCCCAGGUCGAAUUCUUAUAUGGAUAUUUAGAAGGGAAGGCCGGUGCCAUUUUUGAAGGCAUCGCCGAGGCUGAGAAGCGAAGCGUGCGGUUUGGUGAACUAACCGCUAUCAAGCUGCCGAGUAGUAUCUCAAAGUUCGAUGUCAUAAUGUCGGCUCAAUUUAAUGUGGACAGAACCCAGGCACCAACAUACACAGCUAUGGUAACAGAAAGUGACAAGCACAGGGUAUACAUUUUCCGAACGACCGUGAGCGUGCUAAAUGGGAUUAGUAGUGCUGCUGCAACUCAAGUCUCAUGCAUGGUCCUCGGUGAAGGGGAGGUUCUCGACCUGAAGUUUCUCUAUAACGAUAGCCUCCUCGUCCUAUGGGCACAGAGCGGCCAACCGCUGCGCAUUGUCAGAAUACCGCACGCAUCUGACGACUUAGGAUAUCAGCCAUAUACAUCAGGCGGCAAGAUAACGCCGCACGUUCUCAGCGACGAACAAGUUCUCAGCGCGUUUAGGAACGCAGUGGUGCCCUGCGAACCAACGUUUGUACCAGCUCGGAUGGAAGUGAAAGAGGCUAGUUCCGAACGCGACAUAGUGCCUAUUAGGGUCUGCCUGCUUGGGAGCGAUAUGCAAACGUAUAAAGUGUUUUCCCUGCCAGAGGAGCUAGUAAAAUAGCCGACGAGAUAGUUGCACGCCAAUUGCCGAAUAAGGGGCUACGAUUCUAGACAUCGUAA